ACUGCAGAGUUCUGUCGGCCGGGAAGCGGAGCAGCUGCGCGAGCCGAGGGUUAAACGGCCGUCCAGCGACGACCCGACGCUUUCGCCUUUUCUCCUCUCGCUUCCCUUCGUGGCGUGAUGCCCUCGGUGCGUUCUUCGGCGUUCGCUGUCAUGAGCCGCCUCCGGGAUCCCCUGGGCUGGGCGCUGCUCCUGGCGGUUCUCGCCUCUUGCCUCACCUCGCCUAUGGCAGCGGACGUGGACAAAGCUGGCUGUGAAAAAUAUACCAACUGUAGUUCGUGUAUCAAUAGUAGUGAGACGUGCAUGUGGCUUCAUUGCAAUGGAUCAGAGUCUCGCUGUGCAAAUGAGACAGAAAAACAUGACAAAUGUCCUUCUAUUACUAAAAAUGGAACAUGUUCAGAUACCCCUACCAGUGCUCCCACCAUCAGGACACCUACCACGGCCAGUACUAAUGAUACUACCACAGGUAGCACGACUAACACAACUUCACACACAGUAAAGCCUACUUCUGCUACAGUAACCACAGGUGCUGCUAGUACCAAUUCUACAGUAACCACAGGUGCUGCUAGUACCAAUUCUUCUAUACCAGGUUCUGUGUCUCCCAAGCCAACAUCCAAACCAUCUCCUCACAAAUCCACAUUUGAUGCUGCCAGUUUCAUUGGUGGUAUUGUCCUUGUGCUGGGUCUACAAGCAGUAAUCUUCUUUCUGUAUAAAUUCUGCAAGUCCAAAGAUCAAAACUAUCACACCCUCUAGGAUCUGUUGCUUCUAAGUGAACUUACAAUAGCUCAAUAUUUGUGGUUAGCUGCACCAAAAGAUCUUUAUUCCUUAUAGAAGACAACAAUUCAAAAUAUUAUUUUUCAAGACAUUUUUUUAACAAGAAAAUAUUUCUGCAACAUGCUUGGAAGAAGGUUGUGUGAAUCAUGUUUUGCUCUGCAAGAAUACUUGCAAUAUCCUGCAUGAACUCUUAUUGGCUGUCUUAAAUUUCUUUAGUAGCUGCUACUAUGAAACCUUUUCCUCUACCUGACAUGCCAAAUGUAGACGUUAAUAGGUAUUGUAUUCAGUGGCAGCAGUGUUCUUAGUAAAUAAUCUUAUAACUGCGAUGGUUAAAUUAGUUAGCCUUAGGUACAGUGUCCCUUAUAUCAUUAUUAAAAUGUGAAUUACCAGUGACUUGGCAUAAAACACUAUUUGUGUGGGAAAUUGGCUUUUUAUUGUGUACUGCUAGUAGAUUGGGACAGACGUGUAUUAUACUAUCUUUUUUCCUUAGGAAUUAUGGAAGCCCAUAUUUUUCUAUACUAGAUUAUGUGAAAAGGAUGAUUGUUUUCUAAUUUAAGUAUAAGCAGCCAUAGGAAGAAUUAUGAUCAAAGGAUACAAGUUCUUUGGUGCAUAAGGAAGAAGUACCAGUGCCUUAAUGAGUAGGCUGCAAACUGAAAUGUUUGUGUCAUCUUAUUUGUUUGAGGUACAGUGAAUGUCAUUCCAUUUUCAGCAAAUCUUCUGUAUACACAUGAACUUGAAUAUUAUUAAUAUGCCCAUCUUUAAUUCCUUUUAGUGAAGACAGUUAUCAAAAGAAAAUAAUGUAGCCAGUCUUCAUGUGCUACUUCUAAAGCAUCUGUGUCUAGCCUUCAAAUUACUUGCCUUGGAAACUACCAUUACAUGCUUUACAUUUGAGGGCACUAAUUUCAGUUGACAAACUUCCUGCUGCUCACCAUUGAUGGAUAUUUCAAAGCUACUGUAAUUCUGCAUGGAUUUGUGAGUGAUAUUCUGUCGCCAUAUAGCAAUAUGGUUUCUGUCAGUUUCAUAAAACAUUGACAGUAGUAUGAUAGAAGUGAGCAGACUGAGACUUGGAGCUACUUUAGUUUAUGAUUAUGGUCAAAACAGAUUGCCAAUUAUUGUUUUUCAAGUUGUAAUGCAAGCAUAGUUUAAAUAUUAGAAAUGCAACUUAUAGGUUUAAAUGCUUCUCCUAGAUGAGCUCCAAUGAAACUCAUGGAGGAUGCACAAUGCUUGGUAUUAAGCUGAUAGUAGCACAUCUGAGUGUAUGGCUUAUUGUGAAAUUUUCUAGUGCAUUUACUUUCUCACCUUCUCUAGCCCUUCUAGCUUGAAUAGUAUUCACUUCAAUGAUGUUGCAUAGAAAGUUUGUUCAUAAUAAUAUUUAGCCAAUAGUACUGUAACUUUAAAGAACUUUCAGGCAACUGCACUCCUAAAAGACAAUCAGCUCAGGUGUAUGAAACAGUAAAUUAACCAGCCAAUUUUCAGCAAGUAACAUGUCUGAAGUGGGUGGUAUUUAAUGGCCUUAAAGUCAUUUAAUCUAGUUCCCUAUCUCUUGUAUUUUCAUAAAUUGAGGCUAAAUAUUUGAAUAUAUUCUAAAACUAAGCAUACAUUAAUGCACUUCUAGAGAGUAACAGUUGUUUUAUUUAUUUUUUUAAAAAAACAUGCACUGUUAACUCAACCCGAUAAGCUUGUGCUUAGUAGUGAGACUUUAAAAGCUAUUUAGAGUUGCUUCCUCACUGAUUUUUGAAGGACAAUGUUUUGUCUUGCAAACUUCUGACAGAACAUUUCAAGACAAGCAGUGCUACAUAUAAUUUGAAAAUUGAAAUUUGAGCCAGUUUGUUACUGAGCCAAAAAUAAACAGCCCUAAACUAUCAUAUUCUGUGCUGUUCAAGUGCCUUAAUUUUUCUUAAUGUUGGCCUCAUGUUGGUUGAAAAAUGUGGAAAGGGGAAAGUUAGUUACUAUACUUUUCUCUUAGUGCCAGCAAUUGCUGUUUUCCAAGGACUUUAGGAAAUUCAGGUGUCACUGCUACUCUUCAGGAAGUCUGCAUUUUCUAAUUUGUUAGCGCACUGCUGUGUAUUUAGCCUUCAGGACAUUUCUAAUGUUUUCGUGCAGUAGCAUAAAGUUUUUAUUUUCUAGACCAAGCUUUAUCAAUACCGUACCAAAAUCUGGCUAAGACUGUGCAGGGAUUUUCUCUUACCAAUUAUUUUUGUUUGCUUAUCCUUAGCUUCUAUAAAUGAAUGGGUGAAAGUUAUUUUGUUUUCAAUUUUAUAGUACUAUUAAGCUGGAUAUUUGCAAGUUUGCUAACGAAAUAGAUUUUCAUUGCUUCUCUGCUGCUUGAAAUUUAGUAUAGGGUUUUUAAAAACUUGCCUGUGUGGAAUAGCUAAUUAUGUGGCCUCUAAUUUUAAGACGGUAAAUUGUGACAUUCACUCUUUAUCUGGAUUGUUCCUAAAACUCCCAUGUGCAAAUGUGUUGAAUCUGGAAUGGAAUGUUGUAGACAUUACUGUAUUGCAUAUGUGUUGUCUUCAUUGGAAGAAAUGCAAACUACUUAUAAUCACAAAACCAAAAUAAUAAAUCACUUAUUAAAAUGUU